AUGAAACGUAAGUUAGAGACCAAAGAGAUGGGUGUGAGCCCCCUGCCCAAGAAGAGGAUAUGUUUGGACGGGAAAGCCAUGGUUGAAUUUUUGUUCAACGGGCUUGAAGAAGUGGAAAAAACUAUUGGCUAUAUCUUCAAAAAUAAGUUGCUGCUUAUUCAAGCAAUGACCCACUCAUCUUACAAGAACAAUUGCCUCACCGAGUCCUACAAUGAACAGGAGUGUAUAGGUGACCGAGUAUUGGGUUUUGAAAUGGCAAAAUUUGUCAGUCUGAACUGUCAAGACACGAUGGACGCAAAGUCGGCCACUUUUGCAACUCUGACGAGUAACGAAUUUUGGGCAGUUCUCACCGUUAGGCAUGGCAUACAUAAACACAUCAAGCUAUGUGAUAACAACCUAACAGCUAAAAUCGAUGCCUUUGCCGAACAACAGACCCGUAAUGGACACCAACACAUGCAUGAGUUUUUUGAGAUAGUGGAGUCGGUGGACGACCCAGAACUGCCUUUCGCCACCUUCACUGAGCCCCCUAAGGAAUUGGCUGACGUCUAGGAAGCCCUUGCCGGGGCUAUAUUCCAAGACUCGGGGUUUUCUAAUGACAUAA